AAUCAUUCAAGUUUGAUGGUCGAUUAAUACAACUAACAGGAAUCCAGACUGAUACAUUAGGAAGAUCAUUAUAUGAGAUGGCUAUAGGAGGAGGUGCUUUUGGUCAAGUAUAUCGUAGCAAUGAUUCUGAAGUAUUUGGAAUUCCUGUCGCCGUCAAAAAGAUACAAACAACGGUCUAUGAACAAGCCGAAAAACACGCCCGAAUGGAAAUGAUGGCUAUUAGACUAUUGAAUCCAUUUAUACUCCCGCUCAUAGCUUUUGCUAAGAAGUCAAAUGGAGAAACUUGGUUCAUUACUCCCUAUUUUGAAAAUGGUGAUCUCAAAAAGGCUAUUAAAGAUGGUAAAGCUAGUGAAGAUAAGAUGAAAAUCAAUCUGCAGAGUACACGAGUAAGGAUUGCGCUGCACAUUGCAUUAGCGAUAAAGUAUAUUCACACUGAAGUACCAAAUGUUAGGGGUGCUAUUCUUCACAAAGACAUAGCAUCUUCAAAUGUUGUGUUAGAUAAAAAUCUGAAUGCACGUCUCAUAGACUUCGGAUUGGCCAGAGAAAAAAAUGAUACAUCGAAAACCUACUCUGAAAAAGCUGGUUAUACACAUCCUCAAAAAGGCAACGAUGCUAUUAAAGAGAGUUUAGAUUAUUAUAACUUUGGAAUAAUUAUCCGGGAACUAUUGACAAGCCUAGGACCUGCAGAAAAAAAUCCAGUUCAAUUAGAGAACAUGGAUGUAAAUCAGAUUAGAGAUAACUUGGAUAGAAAAGUUUGGGUCGAUGAAGAAAUAAGAGAAACGCUUAAUGAAUUGUCCCAGAUGUGUUUAGAGAAGUUUACAUGGACUAUCGAAGAUUUUGAAACAAAUAUUAUUGAAAAAUUACAAGACAUUGUAUGGAAAAAAGGAAUACCCAUGUAUGAAUGUCAAGAGGAAAAAUGUCAUCAUUGUAUCAUUAAUCCAAUCUCUAAAAAUUCUUCGUUGACCGAUAAUCAUUAUGCCAACUGCAAUCAGAAGAUACAAGUCUGUAUUGCCUGCGAGAAAAAUAGUAUUCUAAAUCCAGUAACAUGUUAUUGUGGAGCGACAUUGAAAUCUGUGAUAGGCAGUAAAUGGGGAGCAUUACUUAUUGCGGGUGAUGAUGAAAAUCCUGACAAAGCAGCAGCCAUGAAGAGAGAAAUACUUGAGUUAGAGAGAGUAGUUACCUCAAAGGCACCACGCAUUAUUGGUAUAAGUAAAUGUAACGUGAGGACAGUUGUACCGGUCGAUACAAAGGCAGACACCAGAAAGGAAGAAACGCCAACAUGGACGAAAAUUCAGGAGCAUAUUGCAUACUUUGCUAAAAAUGAUGAUAUCGAUACAUUAUUGAUAUACAUUUCGUGCCAUGGAGAUGACGGGGGGCUAAAUGAGUAUUCCGAAACAAACAUGUUUCAGCUUGGGAAAUCAUCAGAGUUGAUAUCAUUAAAUGCCUUUGAAGAACAGUUACAAACAUUGAACAAAAUUGAUAAACUGAUUCUAUUUCUUGACCGUUGUUUUCCCCCAAUGGUAGAAUUUGAAGAUAAACAGAGAAAAUUCGUUCAGAUGAAUGCAUGCAGCGAGGAUAAAAAGGCAAUUUUAAAAGAUGAAGGCAGUUUAUUUACAACGUAUGUUAUUCAAGGAUUAAAAGCUAGAUCAGAGAAAAGAGAAUGUUCUGAGAAUUGCCAGCAUUGUUUAUCCUAUUGGGACAAGAGGACAGAAUACAUAUCCAUUGAUAGCUUAUUUGAUUACGUUAACAAACACUUAAAACAUAAGGCACCUCCUCCAAAUAGGCAUCUAAAAAGUACUUGGGAUGACAUUGCUUUUUUUACAGAAGAUGUGGUUCAUAUAGAAUUUUCUUCAAAAGAUGGAAAAACACCAAUUCGUCUUCCACUUGAAUAUCUGAAAAACAUUAAUGAGGUCAAACUUAUGCUUCUUAAGGCAUUCAAAGUUGAUACAGAAACACACGAGGUCAAAAUAGAAAAGGACAUAUUUAGGAAUGAUCAAGAAGCAGAUGAUGAAUGCAAAACAUUGGAACAGGUUAUGGAAGCCUGGGUUAAUAGAUUUCCAUUACUGGUUUCCUUUUCGAAGAAAAAGGAGACAUAAUUGCGCGUUUGCAAAGGUUUUUCAGAGGGAAGAACUAUUUAUGACGGUAUUGUAUUCAUAUGUGCGUGAUUUAAGUGUAAUCUCAACUUUUGUUAAAUGAUACAUAUAUACAGCUAACGCCCUCUUGACAGCACAUGCCUCUGGUACGGUCAUCCGUUAUAAUAUAACAUAGUUACAACGCAGUCUGUAUAGGUUUUUUAACUUAUUUUUCAUUAGUUCUUCCACGGAAAAAAAUUAUAAAACAUGUAGCUCAAACUGUAAACUCAAUUUCUUGUUCAGGAAUGUGAUAAAAAAAACAAAUCUUACAACAACAAAUUGUGUUGGUAUAAAUUCAAAACAGCGUUUUCUUUUUUCGAGCCCUUGUGUAGAAAAUCUUUUGUUGAUGAUAUCAUAUAGCGGGCAUGCAAUGCUGGUUGUGGUUAUAUGGUGUCAUGCCAUAAAAAUGACAUGUUGAUGAUGUUAUAUAAUGGAUAUGCAAUGAUGAUUGUCUUAGUAUGAUGCCAUGUCAUAUGUAUACCAUAUUGAUGAUAUUAUAUAGUGGACAUGCAAUACUGGUUGUGUUAUGAUGAUCUUAUAUUGUGUAUGUUGUAGUAUGUUCUUAUGUCAUAUGUUGGUCAUGUUGAUCAUAUGUGCAACUGGUGUAAUAUGUAAUAUGUUUAUAUGUUUACGUGUUAUAUUUACAGAACAUUUUGAUGAUGUGUAAUUUUUAAAAGUUUUUUUGUUUUGGUGUUGAAUAAUAUGUAACAUGUUUGAUUAUAUACAAAUAUGGACUUUUUAGCUGUUGAAAAUGUACUGAAAAUAUUAAUAUUAACUGAGGUGACAGCCGAGGUCAAUAUCAUUUUUUUCAGUAAAUAUCACAUCAUUUUCAACAGCUUAAGGUGACAGCGGAGUCAAUUAUCACUGAAAAUACAUAAAACGAGAUUUUUGCUUGGUAGAUUUAUUAACCUUUUCUGAGCACAUUCGUGAUUUAAUUUUGGAAGCAGUUAGUCCGAAAAAUGUGUUUUAAAACGUUUUUAAACGGUACCUAUACCCUUUUUUAUCUGCUAUUCGCGUAACCUGUCAAUUAUCGAUAGCGCUCCGCCCCCUGUUUAGGCAUCAAUGAGGGAAAUCGGUUGUUCCAUAUAUCCGUGAAUUACCGCUCCAUAAUACUCGUAAUACAUGUAUCGUACAAAUACUGAACAUCUUUUAUGAAUAUCUCGACAUUUAUUGUCUACCUUUUAUUUAGCCUUUUUUUAUAAAUUAUGAAAUUGUCGACCAAUGUACGUAACAUAAAGUAUGUAACAUAAAUAAUUAAGCAUAGCGGAAAAUCGCACGACCACGGAUUGACUGCUAAAAUAUCCAUAAUGUGUGAAAUAAUAAUUUGUUUGUCCCGUUAAUCUGAUUGAUAUUACAUUGAGUUUAUGGACUUUUGUACGGAUUCAAGGGCUUGCUUUACAUUCAACCUCGUAUCUAACAAUGUCAAGUAAAACAACAACAAAAAACAACAUUUUUUAUGUGAACGCCUAUAUGACUUCUUAUUUCUCUCUAUUUUGUGGUAAGGGGUCCCUGACAAAUUUCUAAACCAUUUUUAUGAUUGCCUAAGGAUGAUUAUUUCUCUAUGAAUCAAUAAAAAAGAUAUUAAAAUAUAUUAUCAGUGAAUGCUUUGAAUAAAUUGUUCGCAAGUAAAUCACGUUAAGAUUUGAUAUAUAAACUGAUUUUAAUCAGCAGCUUUUUAAUUGGUCAGAUGUCACUGGGUCAUAAAAUGUUGUUAGAGCAUGUUAAAGGCAAAUUGUGACCCUCUCUAGUGCGAUAUUUGUGUGUUAUGCAAUUAAUAAGCGUGAAAAGUAGGGGUCCGUGAGAGAACAGCCGAUUUAUGACACUUCGUUUGAUGCGGGUCGGACUAACUUUUAAUCGGCAUAACUUUUUUAAUAAUCAAGCAAUUAACAUGCGGUUUGAAUCACAUGAAAGGGAAUUCAUUUACAGAGGGAACCGUGUCAGGGAUUUUUGUUUGCUCAAUUAGCGACUUAAUUAUCUUUCAUUACGUAGUAUGUAUGGUGAAAAAAGUCGCAUAAAAUGUUUGACGUUACGUAAUAUUUUUUUGAGAAAAUAUAGAAAAAAUAUGAGACACGGUUCCCCAGAUAUUAUAAGUAUGUUAAUAUACCAAAAGUUUGAUGACAAAAAAAUAAAAAAAUGACUUUGAUAUAAGGAUUUAAAAUUUUAGGAUUUUUAUUCAAAAUCAAUCAUUUACAAUGCAAUUUUUUCAAAUAUGUUAUUUUUUAUGAUGGUCAACGACAUUUAAUGCACAAAGAUUAGAUAAAUAACAAUUAUUAUUAAAAUAAGUUGGUUUAAAUGACAUUUGUGUGAGUACCAUGGAAAGUGUCUGUUGUCACCUUACAAAGUACAUAUUUGUAUAUUAUAUAUAUAUCAUUGUAUUAUAUAAUCUCAUAUUAUACUCAUUUUAAAAACAAAGAUUUCGUGUGCUGCUUGUUUAUUUGACCAGGAUGACAUGAAACAGUGUAUACACUUAUGUAAAUAUUUUAUAUAUAAACAUGUACAUAUACAGUUUUGGUAUGUAAACUUGACACUAUGCAUAUAAGUAAUUAUGAAUAUGCGUGCGUGCAUGCGCGCAAUUGUGGAUAUCUUCUGGGGUUUUUUUCAUGUACAUUUACUGUAUUAAAGAAUAUGCAUACGACUCUGUGUUUGUGUGCAUGUGUAUGAGUGUGUGGGCGCGCGCGUGUGUGAAAGGGUUGAGUAAAUACGGUUUUGAGUAAAUAUAUAUUGAUAAUUUGUUUACCACAACUUGUGAUAUGUUUGACCAGCUUGAAAUUUCGCUUUACUACAAUAUUUGUACUCUUAUUUAUCUACCAUUUUUUUAU